GUACGUGCUGUCGCGAACCAUGUGACCGCGAUAGUCUCGAUUGAGCGUGAUGUCAUUAUGUUGUCGUACUGCCGCUGUAUCAGCCACCACGCUCUGCGUACAUAUACCACCGUCUCUUCUUCAAGUCCGCAAUCCCAACAUCACAACACUGCUGUCUAGCAUUCCCCAAGUCUUAGUGAACUUGAACUCCUAUUGUUUUGGUACCAAACCUAGGAUCACUUGAAGCCAGGAUGGCGUGGAGAUGCACAGGCGCGACCAACGUCGAGUUGAUCGCCAACAUGGCAAGCACGGGCUCAUCAGCUCUGACCGUGUUCAGGCCGCCAUGAAGAGGGUAGACCGCGCGCACUACGUGCGCAACCCGCACGAAGCGUAUGAGGAUUCGCCUCAGCGCAUCGGGCACGGUGCAACCAUCUCAGCACCGCACAUGCACGCUCACGCCGUCGAGUACCUCCUCCCCUUUCUCCGUCCAGGCUCGCGCGUCCUCGACGUCGGUUCCGGCUCGGGGUACCUCUGCGGCGUCCUCCACUAUCUCGUCACGGACCUCGACUCCGGCGUGACCGGGACCGUCGUCGGGAUCGAGCACAUCCCCGAGCUCGUGGAGUGGUCCGAGGGGAACCUGCGCAGGGACGGGCUCGGCGCUGCACUGGAUAGCGGGAAUAUCAAGAUGAUUGCGGGGGAUGGGAGACAAGGCCUUGCAGAAGCUGGGCCAUACCACGCAAUCCACGUCGGUGCUGCGGCACCCACCAUGCCUCAGGCACUUGUCGACCAACUCGCCCGCCCAGGACGCAUGUUCAUCCCUGUGGGUGAGGAUACGCAGGCGAUCAUCCAAGUCGACAAGGAUCUCGAUGGAAAUGUCACACAGAAGGAGCUCUUCGACGUCAUGUACGUCCCUCUGACCGACCAGGCGAAGCAGCGCACCAUGGGUCCGUGAUCCGUGUCUGGGAUGCGGAGUACCUGGCUCAUGGGUGGUAUGGGCUAGCAACGAUCGAAACUUCUGGGGAAGACGGCAGAAAUAUGUGUUGUAUC